ACAAAGCCAAAUUCCCCAUAUUGUAAAGGGGAAAGGUUACAGAGGAAGCGAGCUAAAGCCCUUCUGUUCCAUUUUCAAUCAAACAAGCAAAGGGCUUAGGAUUCGAAGAGAAUAUGGCGUCAUCUUCGAGCAGUGGGCUAACAUUCAAGCUCCAUCCACUAGUCAUUGUCAACAUUUCCGAUCACUACACUCGGAUCAAGUCCCAGUCUUUACCCCCUUCCACCACCCCUCACGCUCCCUCCGCCUCAAACGUCGCCGACGCUGAAUCCUCAUCGCCACCUCAGCAGUCACCUCGAGUGUUCGGAUGCGUUAUAGGCGUCCAACGCGGCCGUACUGUCGAGAUAUUCAACAGUUUCGAGCUCCUAUUCGAUCCAUUAACUCACUCCCUGGACCGUGCCUUCCUGGAGAAAAAACAGGAACUCUAUAAGAAGGUGUUUCCAAAUUUUUAUAUACUAGGAUGGUACUCGACGGGGAGCGAUGCCCAAGAAUCUGAUAUGCUCAUUCACAGAGCUUUGAUGGAUAUCAAUGAGAGCCCCGUAUUUGUUCUUCUCAAUCCGUCGAUCAACCCGGCACAGAAAGAUUUGCCAGUUACAAUUUUUGAAAGUGAGUUGCAUGUGAUUGAUGGUAUCCCCCAGCUUAUUUUUGUUCGGUCCGGCUACACAAUAGAGACAGUAGAAGCUGAACGAAUCUCCAUCGAUCAUGUUGCCCAUCUUAAGCCGUCUGAUGGGGGUUCAGCUGCAACUCAAUUGGCUGCUCACCUUACAGGCAUACACAGUGCCAUCAAGAUGCUGAAUAGCAGAAUCAGAGGACUUAAUCAUUAUCUUCUUGCAAUGCAAAAAGGUGAUGUUCCUGUUGAAAAUUCAUUGCUAAGGCAAGUAUCUAGUCUCUUAAGAAGAUUGCCAGCAAUCGAAUCUGAAAAGUUUCAGGAUGAUUUCUUGAUGGAAUACAAUGACACGUUAUUGAUUAGUUACCUUGCCAUGUUCACCAACUGCUCAAGCACGAUGAACGAGCUGGUCGAUAAAUUCAACACUGCAUAUGACAGGCAAAGUCGCCGGGGUGGACGGAGUGCUUUUAUCUGAAAGCCGAUCAUCAUCAUCAUCUGCCCGCAAUGGCAAAUCUCCUUUUGAAGCUGAUGCACAUACAAGAUAUCUCUUGAAUGUUAAUCUUUAAGAAUUCAUGACAUUGCAGGAAUCGAGAUGGUUUUUGUUUUCUGUUUCUUUAUAUUUAAGAUGAUUUUAUCAGGUUCUACCGUUUGGCACAAUAGUUUUUGUUAGUAGGUUUUUUCAAGAAAUGUUAAGGAAGUUUGCGUAAGUAGUCCCAAAUUCAGCCC